AUGGCAACAACGAAUCGUAUUAAUGAUAAUAUUCAUUCCAAUGGAUCAGUAUCCAGUAAUUUUAAACAUAUUAAUAAUUGGUUUGCUUCAUUCAAAGAUGGGAAAUUACAAUCAAGUUUAAAUCACAAUCCAAAGCUUAAUGCUGAAAUACAUUCAGCUAUUACUACGGAAUAUUCGGAAUAUGCAUCAACAAUUUGUGAUCAUCUUUUUUCACUUUAUCAUGAUGUACAACAUCGACCAUUCGUACUUCAAUUCCUUCCAUCAUUCGUCAUAGCUUAUUAUGAUGUUCUUUAUCAUCAUAAUCGUCGUCAUUCAGAGUCAGUUGAUGCUAUGACUAAGGAUGUUUGUUCAACAAUUGAUACUUUCCUUGUCAGUCUUUACAAUCUAGGAGUAACAGAUGAUGGACAUAAUGAAAAAGUCCAUGAAUUUCGUAUUCCAAAUCUAACUGUUCCAUCUAUUUAUCAUACACCAAAUCCUGAUCAUUAUGCACCAACACCUUUAACUCAACAUGCGAUAUCAAAACAUGAAACUAAAUGUGAUGUUAUACGUUUACAAUCAUUUACUCCAUUUGAUUCUGUUAAUGGAUCAACGAGAGAACAAAUUCUCUGGUUUCUUCUUAUUCAAUAUGGUAUCAAUGUAUGUUUUAUGGAUAAAUAUUCUCAUCAAUCAUAUAUUCAAAUGUCAAAAAAAUUACUUGGUCAAGGUUUUUCAUUUAAUGGUGAGAUACCAGUAAAAUCAAAAUCUGCUUUACCACCGACUGGUCGUCGUAUUCAUGUAUCAAGUCGAAUUAUGUCAGAAAUGUUAGGAACAUUGUUUUAUCUUCAAUCUAAUUCAUCGAAUAAAGAAGCAAAGGAAUGUAUGCGUUUAUUAAAAGAACGCGCAGAAUAUGAAAUGUAUUCUGAUGUCAUAUUAGUGACUGAAUCAAUGGGAUAUUUACAUGAAUUUGAAAGUCAACGACCAGAAAAACAGGAUACAAUGGGUAUUGAAAUUGAAUUACCACCAACAAUUGAUGUCAUACGACAAAAACGAACAGCAACAACAACACGUUCAAUGAAAAAUCGUCAGCAUGGAACUAGAUCAAGUGAUACAACAGCGCUUGCUGAAAAUGAUAUAGAUGCAAAUAUAAAAAUUAUACCUGCAUCACCUCAACAACGACCAAUACUUAAUGUAGUUGAUGAAAAUACUUCAAGAUAUGAUUAUCAAAAUUUUAAUAGUAAUAAUAGUAAUAAUAAAGAUAUUGAAUUAUCACCAGUAAUCGAUGAAGCAAGAACACAUAUUUCUUCAUCAAUUGGUCCAGCUAUAUCAACUCCGUCGCCAUCAUCACCACGUCAUUAUAAACCAGUAUCAUUAACAUCAACAAGAACAUAUUUUAAAACUGUUCAUCAACAACAACAACAUGGUUCAUCACCAACAUUACAAAUUAAUACAAUGGCACAUAAUAAUGAUGAUGUAUUUGAAGAUAAAGAAUCAUUAACAGUUUUACCACGACCGCGUACAUCAAGUAUGAGACACGGAGAAAAAAAAGAAGCUAUUGCAACAGUUAGAUUCAUUGGUGAUACAUCAGAUGAAAAUGGAACAAAUGUUGAAGAAACAUAUCUUUAA